AUUUCCCGAAUCGCAGAUCCGCCGAAACGGAGAACGGGACUCUACACGCGAUUCGAUUGGGACAAGUGGGCGAACGGAGGAACGGACGAAACGCAGGAAAGGGUUUUUAGAGUUGGGCAUCGGCCGGAGAGGAGCCAGUGCGCGUUCAACCACCAGCAACGUCUGAACGACCCGAUCAACUGAAUCACCGAUCGCAUCCGCAUCUGAUCCUGCUCUCUCCCAGAGCUCCGAAGCUUCACCGAAAACCUACACAAGCAAUAAUGCGCCAUGUGUCCGGAGUCCUGGUGGCAGGUGGUCAAAGCGGCGGCGGCAGCAUAUGGUUAUGGAGUGUCGUAUUAGCCUGUUGCCUCGAAGCGGCCCUUUUGCCAGCCGUCGUCGCCGAGGACAUCGCCCCCGUCGCCCCCAUCUCACGAUCCGACUCAAUCGACGACAAUCCACAGCUGAACGAAAUAUCGAAACGGGACUGGCAUAAGGAGCUGAAAAUUUGGGGGAAGAGGGCUUGGAACGGGUUGCAUGGUGGAUGGGGUAAACGCAGCGUUCCAAACUACGACGACCAAAUGAUGCCGUACGAUUCACCUUCCCUUGUGGAGAAACGGGCUUGGAACAGACUUCAGAACGGUUGGGGCAAAAGAAUGGCACCAGACGAUGAGUUGGCGGUGAACCAGUUGGCAUCGAUGUUCGAAAGGGAUCCGCAAAUGGAACAACCGUACACGGAAUUCGGACCGGAGGCAGAAAUCGACGGCAUCGAAGAGGAGAAACGUAACUGGCAACAGUUCAACAGUGGAUGGGGCAAACGGAACAACUGGAACAAAAUGCGUGGUGCUUGGGGAAAACGGGAGCCCGCCUGGUCGAAUCUGAAAGGAAUGUGGGGAUAGAGCGGCGUACCAAAUGAAAUUUCAAAGUAAUGUAGAUUAAAUAAAUAACAUCAAUAAACAUGACUUAUUUAAGGACCUUAUUGUUAAUUUUUAGUAUGUUAAUAAUUGUAUAUUAAAAAUAUUAUUACAUUUUAAGAAUUAAAGAAAAAUGUGUUGAAUUAUUUUUGAGGACAUUUGUAAUUAUAUCCAAAGUACCAUGUAUCUAAUAUAUUAUGUAUACAUUAAGGAACCGUGUACUUCUGUGGAAAAUAAAAUUAUAUCUAGCAUCUCUCCGUAA